AUGCCCACUCUGAGCUACGAAGCAUACCCCGCCCUCUUCGACAGCAUCAUUGCCGAGGUCAACUUCGCGACUGAGCUCACUCUCCGCCUCGUUUGCAAGAGCCUCCGUGAUGCCGUCGACCGUCACCAAGUCCACCACCUCGUUCUGACUCCGAGUGGCAAGGACAGCACUUCUGUCCGCGGUCCCAUUUACCGCACUGCUGCUCUGCGCCGUCUCAGUCCCAAGUCUGCAUCGCAUCUGCCGGCUGCCCUCCUCGAGCUUCUGCAGCAUGUUCGCGUGCUCGAUAUUCGUGGCUUCUUCCCCGCCACCUGCAACCUGACCAAGCUGAAGAAUGCGCUUCCCAACCUCGAGAUUGUGCGCCUCUGCACACGCAAAGGAGCGUACACUCCGUACGUCCCCGUUGGCGCGCGCACUCUGGUCGUGUUUACCUCUCCCCACGGUAGCGACUGCAACCCUAAGCCCUACGCCAACGCAGGCAAAGACGGCGACAUCAUGCAGCUCAUGCAGGGCUUCGAGGCCAUGAUGGGCGGCGGGGCGCCUCGCUCGCCUAUCCUCCCCAAGGGGAUCAAUCCCCGCAAGCUGCCCAAAAGCGUCCGCCGCAUCGUUGUCAACAUGAGCGGCGAGGACUACGCCGUCGCAGAGAUGUACCACUUUGUGCUUGAUCCUCCCGAGCACAUUGAGGAGAUCGUCAUCAUCCUUCCCCGCGUCGAGGACAUUGGCUUCCUCGAGCCCGACAUCGUCGAGGAGGACACUUUCGCAAUCAAGAUUAUCGCUAUGGACCUGGCGGAGCUCAUGAUCGGUAUCCCCCACGUCAAGUACACCCUCGUCGGGGUCGAGGAGGCACUCCGCACAGACGAAGAAUUCCUCACCAUCCUCCGCAAGCAGUUCGCCAGCUACCAGUUCCACGGCGUUGAGUACAAUAAGGAGCCUACUUUCAUUCACAAGCCCGAUGGUGGACUUGAUCUCCGCAUGGAUGCCAAGGACCCCGCCCAGCACGAGGCGAAGAUCGACGAGAUCAUGGCCCGCCUGCAGCUUCUCGACUUCUACGACUAUGAAGACCUCGUUGGCGAGGAGCAGGCCAGGCACGAGACCGUUGAGUACCUCGAUGGCACCGAUCGCGACACCCGUCCCCGUGGUAUCAUGAUGAACGACGUCAGGAGGAUGGGCCCUGCGGCCUACGAGGAAUGA